CGGACAGGCCAUACUUAAGUGGCUGCCUAAUUUAAAUUUGAUCAUCUUUGUGAAUAAACAAAACGCGCUCAACGUUCUUAGAACAUCGGCAGCCCGUCCUCAUCGCAACUAAAACUGGCACGCCUUCUACCCGAAAAUAACACCAGCAGGAUUCUGUUGUGCCCGGCUACUAAUAUGACCGUCAUUGAAAUUGAUGUCAUCUCUGACUUCGUUUGUGCGUGGUGCUACAUCGGCAAGCGGAAGCUAGACAUGGCGAUAUCCUUGUACCAAAAAACGUACCCAGGCGGGAAAUCCGACGUAUUUUCCAUCAACUAUCGCCCAUAUUAUUUGAAUUACGGCCCAUCGACCCACAGCGUCGACAAGCGCGAGAUCGCAGACGCCAGACUGGGCAGCAUGACACCAGAACAGCGGACAAAGCUGUUUCAGCGAAUGAAUCAAAUCGGGCGUGCCGUCGGAAUCAACUUUCAAGGCGGUGGCAAGAUUGGAGAUACGCGACACGCCCAUCGUUUGGUUCAUCUCAGCCGUACGAAGAGCCCAGAAAUUCAGAAUGCUCUCGUCGACGGCAUCUUCGCAGCGUACCACGAGCUCGAGAAGGACAUUUCGUCCAAGGAUGUUCUCAGGGAGAUUGCUGUCGGCUCCGGCCUGGAAGGCGCAGCGGUUGAUGAAUGGUUUCACUCGGAUUUGGAAGCGGCCAAUGUCGACGAAGAAGCCCAGAGAAACCGAGACUCUUUGGCUGGUUCGGGUGUCCCAGCCUAUAUCAUUCAAGGGUCGCACCACAUCAAUGGUGCCGAAGAUGCCCACGAUUUCAUGGAGAUUUUUAUCAAAGUGAAAGAAGGCGAUUCGUAGAAAUA